AGAUUGUUAGAGAAUCAAUUUCAUUUCUUAGUUGCAGAAGGAACAAGAAAGAUGUUUUUUAAACCAAGAUUUUACCUCAUACUGGGGACCUUCAUAGCACUUGUUACAAGUGAUUCGUGCAAAAAUCCUUCUGGAACAGACUGCGGAUGGUAUAAAAAUUGUUUGGAAAAAGCAAUUCCUUGUGGUUCAAGCGGAUACGCCAUGAAAUAUGCUACAGUGUACUGCAACAAAUACGACGCCAACCUGAAACAUUUUUCUACAUACGGUCAAUCAUGGGUGCGAGCAGUUAAAAAAUGUUUGCAAAAAAAGCUAGCGCCACUGCUCAGUCAAACACCCAAACCAAGCUGUGCUACGAUCAAACAAUUCGCUUUUGAUACACACGUUCCAUGCUAUGUAAAACCAACCACCAACCGAGAUCCUUCGUUUUGCAGCUUAAGCUUAGGCGAUUAUUGGCAAGUGUUGAAAACUAUCAAGGGAGCUUUCCUUACAGAAUUCAUUAGCACAGUCAAAGGCGGAUGGAAAACUUUGGUUGAUUGCUGGAAAAGAAGACAUGGACUUUAAUAUAAAAAACAUGUUUUUUUGUCCUUUUGUCUUGUAUCUCAAUCUUUAUAAGGAAUACAUUAAACAUGCAAUUAUAAUAAA